CCUUGCCCCGGGGGUGUUCCCAUGACCUGUGGUUGUACUUGCUGGGUGGGAGCAUUUACCUGUGUCCCAUUGUACCUGCUUCCAACUCAACAGGUGGCUGUUUGUGUCCUGAGCUUAAGGCUGAAGCUUCUCGUUCUGGUGUCUUUUCUCAAUACCAGAAACCUUUCCUGCUGAAAAUGGGUAGCCUCCCCAGCUGCAUGGAGUAAGGAUAUGGGAGACCAACACACCAUUUGUGACCCUAGGAACAAGGCUUUCCAUUAAAUUUGGAUCCUCAGAAACUUUGAGUGAACAAAAAUGAAUGGGCAGAUCUCAAGCAGUUAUCGUGGGGGCUAUGAAGCUGGCUCCCAACAUCCCAAUGGAUAUGACUCUCCAUAUUCCGACAGACAAUCCGCCAGCAAGAUCAGUGCAAAGAGUAUUUAUGAACAGAGAAAGAAUUAUGCUCGUGAUACCGUCAGCAGCCUAUCAGAGACCACCCAGUAUCACGUUGAGCAUUUGACCACGUUUGUGAUGGACAGGAAAGACGGUGUUCUAACAGUUGACGAUGGGAUCCGAAAACUAAAGUUACUUGAUGCCAAAGGAAAAGUGUGGACCCAGGACAUGCUUCUUCAAGUUGAUGACAAAGGUGUUAGUUUGUAUGAUGUAGAAACAAAGAGUGAACUAGAGAAUUUCCCAUUAAGUACCAUCCAGCAUUGCCAAGCAGUAAUGAACGCCUGUCGCUAUGAUUCCAUCCUUGCUCUUGUGUGCAAAGAGCCGGCGCAAGGCAAAGCUGAUCUCCACCUCUUCCAGUGUGAUGAGAUCAAGGCGUCCAUGGUACAACGAGACAUUGACAGCGCAAUAAGUGACAGCAAAGGAGGAAAGCAGAAGAAGCGGCCGGAUGCCCUCAGGGCAGUUGCACGAAAUGAUGAAAAAAUCCCCCCACACCCUGGGGCACCAGCACCCACUCCUCCUGGAUCUGUUACACAAGUGGAUGUGCGCAGUCGGGUGGCUGCCUGGUCCUCAUGGGCAUCUGACUAUGGAGACUAUGACCUGUCCCGGCAUAAUUUGGACCAUGAAGCAACAGCAGAGAUGCUCGGAGCCCGAAUCGACAGAGAUGUUCAAAUACUAAAUCACAUUUUAGAUGAUGUGGAGUUCUUCAUCAUGAAGCUCCAGAAGGCGGCGGAAGCAUUUUCUGAGCUUUCCAAACGGAAGAAAGGGAAAAAGAAGAAAGGGCCGGGGGAGGGGGUCCUCACCCUGCGGGCAAGACCACCACCACAAGAGGAGUUUGUUGACUGCUUUCAGAAGUUCAAGCACGGGAUCAACCUUCUGGCAAAACUAAAGUCCCACAUUCAGAACCCUAGCGCCUCAGAACUAGUCCAUUUUCUCUUCACUCCACUCCACAUGAUGGUAGAGGCCACAGGGGGCCCUGAUCUUGCACAGACAGUAUUAAGCCCCCUUAUCAUAAAGGACGCACUAGAUUUCCUCAACUUCAUCCUUAAUAAAGAGGAGAAACAACUCUGGACGUCGUUAGGUGAUGCAUGGAACAAAUCCAGAGCAGAAUGGCAAAAAGAGCAGUUUAUUCCCCCAUAUAUUCCGCGCUUCAGGAAUGGCUGGGAGCCCCCUCUUCUGAACUGUGCUGGGGUGCCAAAGGAACAGGAACUAUCUCUUCUGGCUGAGUCUGUGGCAAACGUUACAGAGUUUCAGCAGAAACAAGAUUUCAACAGUGUGCCAAUUGUGUAUUCCAAUGUGUCCCGUUAUCCAUCGUCAGAGGGGAAUUUUGAGGAACGGGGCCAAGGAGAGCCCCAGAAAUAUGCCAUGUGCAAGUAUGAUUUUGUAGCUCGCAACCCUAAUGAACUCUCUGUCCUCAAAGAUGAUGUCAUGGAGGUGAUCGAUGAUAAGAAGCAGUGGUGGAAAGUUCGGAACACAAGUGGGGCAGUUGGCUUUGUGCCAAACAAUAUUUUGGUGGCAAUGACGCCUCAGGAUCCCACUGCAAAGCCAAAGGAAGCUGUGUACACUCACACAAUCCAGAAACAGAAGUCCGACUUUAUACAAAACCAAGCAGGUUUAAUUCCAGCUGCUCCUUCUCCACCACCAAACCCAGCACCAACCUUUUCACCACUAGUCAUUUCUCAGCCGCCAUCACUGCCCGUGGCCAAGCUCUUUACUGCCGGACCAAUCAGUCGACACAGUAGCGUGUCCAGUGAUAGCGGAGGAGGAGGAAGUGUCCGAGAGCAACAUGGCUUCCAGCAGCUUCCAGCUGAUCGCAGGAAAUCUCAGAUGGAGGAAGUGCAGGAUGAACUAAUUCACAGACUCACCAUUGGACGUAGUGCGGCACAGAAGAAAUUUACUGUGCCACGGCAAACCACUUCAGCCAUCAAUAUUUCUUACAAUUCAACGCCAGAGGAUGUGAAAUUCUGGUUACAGGCCAAGGGCUUUAAUUCAGUAACUGUUGACAGCCUUGGGGUGCUCACAGGAGCCCAGAUUUUCUCUCUCACUAAAGAUGAACUGAAGACUGUGUGUCCAGAAGGUCCCAGGGUGUAUAACCAAGUUACAGUGCAGAAGGCUGCUAUAGAGGAACAAAGUGGAGGUUCAGAGCUGCAUGAGAUCAUGAAGAAACGGCAGGAACGGGUAAACAUGGCUGCUAGUGACUCCGGAGUGGAAUCAUUUGAUGAAGGGAACAGUCACUGACUCCAGUGCUAAUUCUCUGAGAUGUUGCUCUGGUGCUUGGAUUUAGAAGCCUCGCAGAGGGGUGAUCCGAGAGCAAGAUAUAGCAUUCUACCUGAAUUUGUCAGUGGGUCUGAAGGGCCCCUGAGAUCUAGUGCUGUUGGCCUAUCCAGUUUGAGUGAUGCUGAGACUGCUUUAUUGCUUAUUUAAAGGGACUGUUUGAUAAGACUUUUCUAGAAUGACUUUAUUCUGCUUUAUACUGUUUGUAUUAUUUGCCAGAUGUUAUUUAAAUCCAUUGUGGAACUGAUGCCAAUUUAUUUAAGGAUGUGAUCUUUGGGUGGCAAAACGCUGCUACGGAGGGGACCCUUGUACAGACACUUUGGGGGUCGGAUGUUCAGCACAAUUAUCUGCUCUGUAUUUGCACUUUUCCUCUAGCAGAGCCAGAGUGCCCCUAUAGUGACAUGUCAGCAUGUUGUGUGUAAAUAGGAACAUUAUCAGUAUUUUCCAUACACUGUCCCGUGUAACAGUGCUUUGUACCAGGACCAGCCACUAUCUGCUUGUUUCUAUGAAUAAAAUUUAAAUCAUAUAUGUAAA